AUGAGUGUCCGGGUCGUUGCGCGUGUUCGACCUCUCCUCAAGUCCGAGCGGGAGCUCGACGUGAUUCUCCGCACGGGUGCUACAACUGGUACUGCCGACUCCAAGACGCGUCAGUCGACUGGUGACAAGAAAAGUUCCCGCGAAGGCGCGGCUUUGGCUGCGUUGAGGGAUCGGGAUAACCUGGUGCGGAUUCCAAACCCGAAAAACGAGGGCGAGGAGUAUGCCUUCCAGUUCAAUGCCGUCUAUGACUCGGAUGCGUCGCAGCAGGAGCUGUUUGAUGCCGAAGUUGCACCCACGAUCAAGCACUUGUUCAACGGAUUCGAUGUCACCAUAUUCGCAUACGGUGUUACCGGGACCGGCAAAACGCACACGAUGCGCGGUGGGAAGUCCCUUGCUGACCGGGGCGUGAUUCCCCGGAUGCUUAGUGGCAUUUACCGACGCAGUCGGAAGAUCGAAAAGGAUAGCGACGGAGAGACCAAGGUACAGGUCUCUUUGAGCUACUAUGAGAUCUACAAUGACAAGGUGUACGAUCUGUUCGAACCGCCCGAGAAGCGCACACUGGCGGGACUGCCUCUUCGAGACAACGGUGGCAAGACCGUGGUCGUUGGGCUGACGGAGAAGCCCUGCACGAGCUUGAAGGAGUUCGAGGGGCUCUAUGACCAGGCGAACACCAAUCGGUCAACCUCUGCAACAAAACUGAACGCACACUCCUCACGAUCCCACGCGAUCCUCGCGGUCAAGGUUACUGUCAUAUCUCCCGAUCAAACUCGGGUCAGCACUGCUUCAGCCAUCGACCUGGCGGGUUCAGAAGACAACCGUCGCACUGAAAAUGACAAGGAGCGAAUGAUUGAAUCGGCUAGCAUCAACAAGAGUCUCUUUGUGCUGGCUCAGUGCGUCGAGGCAAUCAACAAGAAGCAACAUCGGAUCCCGUACCGCGAAUCCAAAAUGACUAGGAUCCUGUCUCUGGGCCAGAACAAUGGACUGACAGUCAUGAUCCUCAAUCUUGCCUCGGUUCGGUCAUACCACCUGGACACGAUCAGCUCGCUCAACGUCGCCAGUCGGACAAGGAAGAUCGAGGUCCGGGAGGUGGAGAAUGACCCGAUGUUCAAAGGUCCGGCAAGACCGUCAAUCCGGCCUUCGAUGGCAGCGUCGCGACAGCCUCUGCGCCCACUGACCGCUUCAGUCAACGUGAAUAUGCCAGCACCUGCUGCAAAAGAUCCAGCCAAGAAGGAUGAUGAGAAGCCUGUGAAAAUGUUCAGUGUCUAUUCGGAUCGGCCGCAGAAGCCUCAUAUGUCACAGCUUCGCAAGCCUGAGGUGUCCAAGCGGCCCUCCCUUUCUUUUGAUGGCCACACUUCUCGCAUAUUGAAGCCUGCCCGUCAGACACUGGCCCCAGUUACGGAGCCUUCGGCAAACUACGCAGACUUUUCUGCUGCGAAGAUUGAGGAGAUGGUUGAGAAGAAAGUGGAAGAAAUCUUGGCUGUACGUGCCGUGAGCGAGCAAUCACGGCAGACGCAAGUUCGCGAGCUGAACGAGAAGGUCCAGCGACGACUUGAAAUGCUGGAACAACGUGUUGAAGGCACCGAGGAUGCAAGAGCGGAGGGUCUCUCCUAUCUACUCAUGGCCAAGCAACACCAAGCACGCGGUGAAGACGCCUCUGCACUGAAGAUGUACCAGCUGGCACUGCCUCAUUUCCCACACAAUGAGAAACUGGCAGGCAAGAUUGCCGCUUUGAAGGAACGAGUCCAAGGCAAGACACGGGGGCCACAGGUCUUCACUGGCGCUGUUUCCUCUCCUGGCAAAGGGAGAUUCGGUAGCAUGCUGUCUCUCAAGAAAGCGUCCCCAAAGACGUUUGGAAAGCGCCAGUCGGAGGACUUUGAUGCAGAUUACGAGGAAAAUGCUGGUGGCGAUGGAUUCUCCAGUGACGAGAAUGUCUCUCGUCCACGUCACAAAAAGCGCGCCACAUCAAAGUCAUUCACUCGCGGCGAAGCCGACCUGGACGCGAUGGACUGCGAAGACCCCUCUGUCUCACCUCGCACCAUUCAUCUGCUAUCGAUCAUCAACUCUCGCGACGUCAGCCAGAUCAAGCUGCUGAAAGGUGUUGGCGCCAAAAAGGCCGAGGCCAUUGUCGAUUGCCUCUGCGAGAUGGACCACACCCCCGACGUCGGCUUCGUCUCUGAUCAGCCUCAGUUCCAGGUUAACACCCUCGCGGAAUUGAGCACUCUCAAAGGCGUUGGUCUCAAGACGGUCGAGAAUAUGCGGAAUGGCGUGCUGGUUUGA